GUAGGGAGCGCUGUGGUCAGAGAAACGAACUGUCCCUUUAAGAGAGCGAAAGAGAGAGAUAUGCGCUUGACAAAAGCCAUUGCAGUAUAUUGCCCGAUAGCACUUGGAAUCCCAUUAUGGGGAUAGUUGCUGAACAAASUCUGUGUCAAAAACUUUUCAGAAUGAUAGCCUAUCUUUUCAAAAAAAUCGAAAUACUUAGAUAAACGACAUCGAAAGUCCCCUAGUAUCAACUUCGGCGUGUGAACACAGCUCUGUGAUUUUACAGGUGUCAGCCGCGGCGCUAAGUCCCACAGAAAUACUAGUCUAGGCCAAUYGUCAUGCAUCAGUUCAGUUAUACUGUUACCGGCCGCUGGCUCUACUCCUGUGUCGUGCUGCUAGUUUUGCUGGUCGUCCCGAACGAGGCAGGGUGUCAGGACACGGGUUUUUGCUGCACUGGGCACGACCGGUCGUGCGUCAGUAAGGGAUGGAGAGRUGACCGUUCGUAUGGCACCUGCUAUUGCGACCAGGCUUGUACCUCUACUCUGGACUGCUGUCAUGAUUAUGAAUUCGCCUGCCCAGCGGUGUCCUGUGUGCUGAGUGAGUGGACUGCGUGGUCUGGCUGUGGUGAGCCCUGCAGGGCCACAGUUCGGAUAAGGAGCAGGGAAGUCCUGCAGGAGCCCCGAAAUGGGGGGAAACCCUGUCCACACGUGGAGGAGCACGCCGGCUGUGCAGAGUACAGGGAACACCACCGACAGUGCGGUAAAUCACUAGUCCCGGCUCUCAUCACUACCGGUGGCUAUGGCAAUGCCAGGAAGAAGAGGGACAUCCCUGAUAACGAUGAUGUCGAAGGGUACUGUGUGCAGUUCCAGCUGACCUCCCUGACCCCUGGGUGCCAGCGUAGUGUGGGGCCACACACCCGCUGGAUGCAGUACCUGAGGGAGGGCCACCAAGUUUGUGUGGAGUGCCAGCCUCCAGCCCUCGCUGCCGGGCAGACACACUGCUCUGGAGAUGGAGAUAAGGACGAGGAGGAGAGUGGCAGGCAGUCUCUGCAGUGGCAGGCGGUGGGUAACCCCAGGUGUCGUGGCGUGUGGAGGCGUGUCGGGAGACUAGACUCCUGCUCCUGUCCCACCGUCCACAGCUUCCUCUUCAUAUAACCCUGUGUUACUGGCUAGUCUACAGACCUGAGUCUACAACUUCUUCAUGGCCAUACAGACAGACCGGACAGCACAUGGAUCAGGCAUAAUCAAAAAGCAACACCGACAGUGCUGUGUGCAUCCGUAUGGACCCGACCAUACCAGUGUCUAACCUAACAAUUGAUAUGAAACCUCUGCCAACAAUUUAAUCGUGUUUAUGUGGCUGAUUCGGGUCYUUUUGUUCUCUGGUUGGACAGACUCUUUCUUCUGAAAAAAUACUAUUGUAGAUUAUUUCCUAAGUGUAUGUAACUGUCAGUGCAGUUUUUCUUUGUAUUAGCGAAAGCCUUCAAUAAUGCCUGUAACACAUGUCAAUAACCAAAACUCAGCCCAGUCAUUAAUUAGACUUUUAUUGAAUUUUCAGUCAUCCAAGGGGAAUGUUGCCUUUUUUAAAAGAAAUAGAAAGAUCUUGGGACAUUGAGACACUUUUUACAGGACAGUUAAACUGGCGUUGUGCAUGUUUCACACCGUCACGGCUCCAAAGUUACGACAUGCAUCGAUCGAACAACAGAACAUUUAUACAGCAACAACUUACAGCAUUAGAAAGUCAACAGGUAAAAAUAUUACAAAACAAACAGUAGCCUGGAGACCUACAAAAACAACAGUAGAAGAAGAGGUGGGGGUAGUCUGAAAGUCUGUCAAAUCUUUUUUUCCCCUUCAGUUCCCUGGAAUUUCUGUAUGUUACAAUGACUGGUUGGGAAUGACUCGUUGGGAUCUCUUUCAAAUCUAUUCAAUUUCCAAAUCCAAUUAUUGAAUUGAAUUCCAAUUUACCAAGCAUUUCAAAUGGACCCUAACCCUGAAAUCCCAACAUCAAUUUCAAUGGCAUUUGUCUAAUUCCUAAAUUGUAUGUUAUUCAUAUCUUAUCAAAAAAAGAUKAAUAAAAGAAGUCACUUGA